AUGCAGAAAGCCCGGGGCACGCGAGGGGAGGACGCGGGCACGAGGGCACCCCCCAGCCCCGGGGUGCCCCCGAAGAGGGCCAAGGUGGGGGCCGGCGGCGGGGCUCCCGCGGCCGUGGCCGAGGCGCCGGUCUUCCUGCGGCCCCUGAAGAACGCGGCGGUGUGCGCGGGCAGCGACGUGCGGCUGCGGGUGGUGGUGAGCGGGACGCCCCAACCCAGCCUCCACUGGUUCCGGGAUGGGCAACUCCUGCCCGCACCGGCCCCCGAGCCCAGCUGCCUGUGGCUGCGGCGCUGCGGGGCGCAGGACGCCGGCGUGUACAGCUGCACGGCCCAGAACGAGCGGGGUCGGGCCUCCUGUGAGGCGGUGCUCACAGUGCUGGAGGUCGGAGACUCAGAGACGGCUGAGGAUGACAUCAGCGAUGUGCAGGGGACCCAGCGCCUGGAGCUUCGGGAUGACGGGGCCUUCAGCACCCCCACGGGGGGCUCUGACACCCUGGUGGGCACCUCCCUGGACACACCCCCGACCUCCGUGACAGGCACCUCGGAAGAGCAAGUGAGCUGGUGGGGCAGCGGGCAGACGGUCCUGGAGCAGGAAGCGGGCAGUGGGGGUGGCACCCGCCGCCUCCCGGGCAGCCCAAGGCAAGCACAGGCAACCGGGGCCGGGCCACGGCACCUGGGGGUGGAGCCGCUGGUGCGGGCAUCUCGAGCUAAUCUGGUGGGCGCAAGCUGGGGGUCAGAGGAUAGCCUUUCCGUGGCCAGUGACCUGUACGGCAGCGCAUUCAGCCUGUACAGAGGACGGGCGCUCUCUAUCCACGUAUACAUGAGAGAGCGCUAUAGUGGAAGAGGGGAGUGGCUGAUGAUAGAGGUACUGGGGGCAUUUGGGGAGCUGAGAGGGGCCUGGUUUGUGAUGGGAACAGUCAGACUACCAUGGAGUCAAGGCUGCCCUGACCUGUUUGAGAAUGCUCCUUCUGACUUCCUUUGUUCCCUACGGACAUUCAGGAGGCAGACCCUGUUCUCCCUCAGUCCCUGCUUUCUGGAAGCCCCUCUGUCUGGGUUUGACUUUCUAGGAUGCAGGCCACCAGGACUCCCUCUCCUGCUGUCAUCCCUGCAGGGAUCAUGGCCCCUUACCCCGUUACUCCUGUGUCCCACAGAGUCUUCGGAUGACUCCUAUGUGUCCGCUGGAGAAGAGCCCCUAGAGGCCCCCAUGUUUGAGAUCCCCCUGCAGAAUGUGGUGGUGGCACCAGGGGCAGAUGUGCUGCUCAAGUGUAUCGUCACUGCCAACCCCCCGCCCCAAGUGUCCUGGCACAAGGAUGGGUCAGCGCUGCGCAGCGAGGGCCGCCUCCUCCUCCGGGCUGAGGGUGAGCGGCACACCCUGCUGCUCAGGGAGGCCAGGGCAGCGGACGCCGGGAGCUAUAUGGCCACGGCCAUCAACGAGCUGGGCCAGGCCACCUGUGCCGCCUCACUGACCGUGAGACCCGGUGGAUCUGCAUCCCCUUUCAGCAGCCCCAUCACCUCCGACGAGGAGUACCUGAGCCCUCCAGAGGAGUUUCCAGAGCCUGGGGAGACCUGGCCUCGAACCCCCACCAUGAAGACCAGUCCCAGCCAGAACCGCCGUUCUUCUGACACUGGCUCCAAGGCACCCCCCACCUUCAAGGUCUCACUUAUGGACCAGUCAGUAAGAGAAGGCCAAGAUGUCAUCAUGAGCAUCCGUGUGCAGGGGGAACCCAAGCCUGUGGUCUCCUGGCUGAGAAACCGCCAGCCCGUGCGCCCAGACCAGCGGCGCUUUGCAGAGGAGGCUGAGGGUGGGCUGUGCCGGCUGCGGAUCCUGGCUGCAGAACGUGGCGAUGCUGGCUUCUACACUUGCAAAGCGGUCAAUGAGUAUGGCGCUCGGCAAUGCGAGGCCCGCUUGGAGGUCCGAGCACACCCUGAAAGCCGGUCCCUGGCCGUGCUGGCCCCCCUGCAGGACGUGGACGUGGGGGCCGGGGAGAUGGCGCUGUUUGAGUGCCUGGUGGCGGGGCCCACUGAUGUGGAGGUGGAUUGGCUGUGCCGUGGCCGCCUGCUGCAGCCUGCACUGCUCAAAUGCAAGAUGCAUUUCGAUGGCCGCAAAUGCAAGCUGCUGCUUACAUCUGUACAUGAGGACGACAGUGGCGUCUACACCUGCAAGCUCAGCACAGCCAAAGAUGAGCUGACCUGCAGUGCCCGGCUGACCGUGCGGCCCUCAUUGGCACCCCUGUUCACACGGCUGCUGGAAGAUGUGGAGGUGUUGGAGGGCCGAGCUGCCCGCUUCGACUGCAAGAUCAGCGGCACCCCACCCCCUGUUGUUACCUGGACUCAUUUUGGCCGCCCCAUGGAGGAGAGUGAGAACUUGCGGCUACGGCAGGAUGGGGGUCUGCACUCACUCCACAUUGCCCAUGUGGGCAGUGAGGACGAGGGGCUCUAUGCGGUCAGUGCUGUUAACACCCAUGGCCAGGCCCACUGCUCAGCCCAGCUGUAUGUAGAAGAGCCCCGGACAGCCGCCUCAGGCCCCAGUUCGAAGCUGGAGAAGAUGCCAUCCAUUCCCGAGGAGCCAGAGCAGGGUGAGCUAGAGCGGCUGUCCAUUCCCGACUUCCUGCGGCCACUGCAGGACCUGGAGGUGGGACUGGCCAAGGAGGCCAUGCUAGAGUGCCAGGUGACCGGCCUGCCCUACCCCACCAUCAGCUGGUUCCACAAUGGCCACCGCAUCCAGAGCAGCGACGACCGGCGCAUGACACAGUACAGGGAUGUCCAUCGCUUGGUGUUCCCUGCCGUGGGGCCUCAGCAUGCCGGUGUCUACAAGAGCGUCAUCGCCAACAAGCUGGGCAAAGCUGCCUGCUAUGCCCACCUGUAUGUCACAGAUGUGGUCCCAGGCCCUCCAGAUGGUGCCCCGCAGGUGGUGGCUGUGACGGGGAGGAUGGUCACACUCACAUGGAACCCCCCCAGGAGUCUGGACAUGGCCAUCGACCCGGACUCCCUAACGUACACAGUGCAGCACCAGGUGCUGGGCUCGGACCAGUGGACGGCACUGGUCACAGGCCUGCGGGAGCCAGGGUGGGCAGCCACGGGGCUGCGUAAGGGGGUCCAGCACAUCUUCCGGGUCCUCAGCACCACUGUCAAGAGCAGCAGCAAGCCCUCGCCCCCUUCUGAGCCUGUACAGCUGCUGGAGCACGGCCCACCCCUGGAGGAGGCCCCUGCCGUGCUGGACAAACCGGACAUCGUGUAUGUGGUGGAGGGACAGCCUGCCAGUGUCACCGUCACAUUCAACCAUGUGGAGGCCCAGGUCGUCUGGAGGAGCUGCCGAGGGGCCCUCCUAGAGGCACGGGCAGGUGUGUACGAGCUGAGCCAGCCAGAUGAUGACCAGUACUGUCUUCGGAUCUGCCGGGUGAGCCGCCGGGACAUGGGGGCCCUCACCUGCACUGCCCGAAACCGUCACGGCACGCAGACCUGCUCGGUCACAUUGGAGCUGGCAGAGGCCCCUCGGUUUGAGUCCAUCAUGGAGGACGUGGAGGUGGGGGCUGGGGAAACUGCUCGCUUUGCCGUGGUGGUUGAGGGAAAACCACUGCCGGACAUCAUGUGGUACAAGGACGAAGUGCUGCUGACCGAGAGCAGCCAUGUGAGCUUCGUGUAUGAGGAGAAUGAGUGCUCCCUGGUGGUGCUCAGCACGGGGGCCCAGGAUGGAGGCGUCUACACCUGCACCGCCCGGAACCUGGCGGGCGAGGUCUCCUGCAAAGCAGAGUUGGCUGUGCAUUCAGCUCAGACAGCUAUGGAGGUCGAGGGGGUCGGGGAGGAUGAGGACCAUCGAGGAAGGAGACUCAGCGACUUUUAUGACAUCCACCAGGAGAUCGGCAGGGGUGCCUUCUCCUACCUGCGGCGUGUGGUGGAGCGUAGCUCCGGCCUGGAGUUUGCGGCCAAGUUCAUCCCCAGCCAGGCCAAGCCAAAGGCAUCAGCGCGUCGGGAGGCCCGGCUGCUGGCCAGGCUCCAGCACGACUGUGUCCUCUACUUCCAUGAGGCCUUCGAGAGGCGCCGAGGACUGGUCAUUGUCACUGAGCUCUGCACAGAGGAGCUGCUGGAGCGAAUGGCCAGGAAACCGACCGUGUGUGAGUCUGAGAUCCGGGCCUAUAUGCGGCAGGUUCUAGAGGGAAUACACUACCUGCACCAGAGCCACGUGCUGCACCUCGAUGUCAAGCCUGAGAACCUGCUGGUGUGGGAUGGUGCCGAGGGUGAAGAGCAGGUGCGGAUCUGUGACUUUGGGAAUGCCCAGGAGCUGACUCCAGGAGAGCCCCAGUACUGCCAGUAUGGCACACCUGAGUUUGUAGCACCCGAGAUUGUCAAUCAGAGCCCCGUGUCUGGAGUCACUGACAUCUGGCCUGUGGGCGUUGUUGCCUUCCUCUGUCUGACAGGAAUCUCCCCGUUUGUUGGGGAAAAUGACCGGACAACAUUGAUGAACAUCCGAAACUACAACGUGGCCUUCGAGGAGACCACAUUCCUGAGCCUGAGCAGGGAGGCCCGGGGCUUCCUCAUCAAAGUGCUGGUGCAGGACCGCCUGAGACCUACCGCAGAGGAGACCCUAGAACAUCCUUGGUUCAAAACUCAGGCAAAGGGCGCAGAGAUGAGCACGGAUCACCUGAAGCUAUUCCUCUCCCGGAGGAGGUGGCAGCGCUUCCAGAUCAGCUACAAAUGCCACCUGGUGUUGCGCCCCAUCCCGGAGCUGCUGCGGGCUCCCCCAGAGCGGGUGUGGGUGACCAUGCCCAGAAGGCCACCCCCCAGUGGGGGGCUCUCAUCCUCCUCGGAUUCUGAAGAGGAAGUGCUGGAAGAGCUGCCCUCAGUGCCCCGCCCACUGCAGCCCGAGUUCUCAGGCUCCCGGGUGUCCCUCACCGAUAUUCCCACUGAGGAUGAGGCUCUGGGGACCCCAGAGACUGGGGCUGCCACCCCCAUGGACUGGCAGGAGCAGGGAAGGGCUCCCUCUCAGGACCAGGAGGCUCCCAGCCCGGAGGCCCUCCCCUCCCUAGGCCAGGAGCCCGCAGCUGGGGCUAGCCCCAAGCGGGGAGAACUCCGUAGGGGCAGCUCGGCUGAGAGCGCCCCCCCAGGGGAAAGCCGAAGCCGGCUCCGCUGGGGCUUCUCUCGGCAGCGGAAGGACAAGGGGUUAUCGCAACCAAACCUCUCUGCCAGCAUCCAAGAGGAGUUGGGUCACCAGUACGUGCGCAGUGAGUCAGACUUCCCCCCAGUCUUCCACAUCAAACUCAAGGACCAGGUGCUGCUGGAGGGGGAGGCAGCCACCCUGCUCUGCCUGCCAGCAGCCUGCCCUGCACCGCACAUCUCCUGGAUGAAAGACAAGAAGUCAUUGAGGUCAGAGCCCUCAGUGAUCAUCGUGUCCUGCAAAGACGGGCGGCAGCUGCUCAGCAUCCCUCGGGUGGGCAAGCGGCACGCCGGGCUCUAUGAGUGCUCCGCCAUGAACGUCCUGGGCAGCAUCACCAGCUCCUGUACCGUGGCUGUGGCCCGAGUCCCAGGAAAGCUAGCUCCUCCAGAGGUGCCCCAGACCUACCAGGACACGGCGCUGGUGCUGUGGAAGCCCGGAGACAGCCGGGCACCUUGCACGUAUACCCUGGAGCGGCGAGUGGAUGGGGAGUCUGUGUGGCACCCUGUGAGUUCAGGCAUCCCCGACUGUUACUACAAUGUGAGCCACCUGCCAGUUGGCAUGACUGUGAGGUUCCGUGUGGCCUGUGCCAACCGUGCUGGGCAGGGGCCCUUCAGCAACCCUUCUGAGAAGGUCUUUGUCAGGGGCACUCAAGAUUCUUCAGCUGUGCCAUCUGCUGCCCACCAAGAGGCCCCUGUCACCUCAGGGCCAGCCAGGGCCCCGCCUCCUGACUCUCCUACCUCACUGGCCCCACCCCCAGCUCCUGCUGCCCCCACCCCCCCGUCAGUCACUGUCAGCCCCUCAUCUCCCCCCACAGCCCCCAGCCAGGCCUUGUCCUUGCUCAAGGCUGUGGGUCCGCCACCCCAGACCCCUCCACGAAGACACAGGGGCCUGCAGGCUGCCCGGCAAGCAGAGCCCACCCCACCCAGUACCCAGGUCACCCCAAGUGAGCCCAAGUCUUUCGUCCUUGACACUGGGACCCCGACCCCAGCCUCCACUCCUCAAGGGGUUAAACCAGCGUCUUCCUCUACUCCUGUGUAUGUGGUGACUUCCUUCGUGUCUGCACCACCAGCCCCUGAGCCCCCAGCCCCUGAGCCCCCUCCUGAGCCUACCAAGGUGACUGUGCAGAGUCUCAGCCCGGCCAAGGAGGUGGUCAGCUCCCCUGGGAGCAGUCCCCGAAGCUCUCCCAGGCCUGAGGGUACCACUCUUCGACAGGGCCCCCCUCAGAAACCCUACACUUUCCUGGAGGAGAAAGCCAGGGGCCGCUUUGGUGUUGUGCGAGCGUGCCGGGAGAACGCCACGGGGCGAACGUUCGUGGCCAAGAUCGUGCCCUAUGCUGCUGAGGGCAAGCGGCAGGUCCUGCAGGAGUACGAGGUGCUGCGGACCCUGCACCACGAGCGGAUCAUGUCCCUGCACGAGGCCUACAUCACCCCUCGGUACCUCGUGCUCAUUGCUGAGAGCUGCGGCAACCGGGAGCUCCUCUGUGGGCUCAGUGACAGGUUCCGGUAUUCUGAGGACGACGUGGCCACUUACGUGGCGCAGCUGCUACAAGGCCUGGACUACCUCCACGGCCGCCAUGUGCUCCACCUAGACAUCAAGCCAGACAACCUGCUGUUGGCCCCUGACAACGCCCUCAAGAUCGUGGACUUCGGCAGUGCCCAGCCCUACAACCCCCAGGCCCUUCGGCCCCUUGGCCACCGCACGGGCACGCUGGAGUUCAUGGCUCCGGAGAUGGUGAAGGGAGAACCCAUCGGCUCUGCCACGGACAUCUGGGGAGCGGGUGUGCUCACUUACAUUAUGCUCAGUGGACGCUCCCCGUUCUAUGAGCCAGACCCCCAGGAAACGGAGGCUCGGAUUGUGGGGGGCCGCUUUGAUGCCUUCCAGCUAUACCCCAACACAUCCCAGAGCGCCACCCUCUUCUUGCGAAAGGUCCUCUCAGUACAUCCCUGGAGCCGGCCCUCCCUGCAGGACUGCUUGGCCCACCCAUGGUUGCAGGACGCCUACCUGAUGAAACUGCGCCGCCAGACGCUCACCUUCACCACCAAUCGGCUCAAGGAGUUCCUGGGUGAGCAGAGGCGGCGCCGGGCUGAGGCCGCCACCCGCCACAAGAUGUCUAAAGCAGCUCCUGCCAAAAAGUCAGUGGCUGCGGCCCCACCUCCUGGAUGUACCCUGGACAUCAAUGACCCACAGGUCCAGAGUGCGGCCAUUCGCAUCCAGGCCUCUUACCGAGGCCACAGGUCCCGGAAGGAGCUGCGCGAGAAGGGGCCGCCGCGGGUACUGGAGCCGCUGAAGGACGUGGUGCUGAUUGAGGGCAGCGCGGCCAAGCUCACUUGCCGCAUUUCGGCUUUCCCGGACCCAUUCAUCCGCUGGAGUAAGGACGGCAAGGAGCUACGUGACGGGCCUAAGUACCGCUACGUCUUCGAGGACCCUGACGUGGUGGCACUGGUGGUGCGCGACGGCGAGCUGGCAGACCUAGGCCAGUACAGCAUCAACGUCACCAACCCCUUCGGCCAGUGCUCCGACUCGGCGCGCAUCCUCGUGGAAGUCCCGGCGAAGAUUCAAAAGGGACCCGACAACACUAAGGCGCGCAAAGGCGCCACCGUGACGCUGACUGCGGAGAUCCUGGGAGAGCCUGCGCCCGACGUGGGCUGGACCAAGGACGGGGAGGACAUCGAGGAGGAUGACAGGGUGUUCUUCGAGAUCGGCAGCACCACCACGACGCUGACCAUUCGCCGGGCCGUACCCCAGGACAGCGGCAAGUACGAGGUGUACGUGGAGAACAGCCUGGGCAUGGACCAGAGCUUCGCUCGCGUGGACGUAGCCUGAACGACACCCCCGGACCUUCCGCCCUGGCGCCGAGCCUGGGGGUGGUGGGACCCACAGCCUUCCUCUAGCUUGCUUAAUAAAGCGGCUCUCUGACCCUCCGCGUCUGUUCUGCUCUUCCACGUCGCCAUUCCCUCUCCCCUGCACCCGCGCCCACACGUAUUCCACACCCCCACGCCAAGGUCACAGCCUGCUGGAGUCACAGGAAAGUCUGGAGAGCGCCCAGCGCCGUGCUGCAUUUCAGACAGUCAACCUGAUACAGUUGCCCUCACCGUCCAAGGUGCCCUCACUUCCCAGCGGGACCGGGGGCUGGGCCCAGGACCCCGCCUUCUCCUCUUUUGUGCGCCUCCAGCCCCAGCCCCUCGUGGCUGUUUGCCCCCGGCCCCGCCCCUUCCAGGGCUGGCCACACCCCCCUGCUGUCCUUAGUCCCAUUUUCCUCUGGGACCCAGUUUCUCACUUCGGCUGCUGCCGCGGUGCCCAUUCCCCGACAGCUCUGGUCCCAGUCUUUAAG